GUCGCUGGCCGCGCUCGUGGGGGAGACGGUGAUGACGCCCUCGGGUCAGGCCAACGUCAUCUACCUGGCUGUGAAUGAGAGCAGUCCCGGGACCCUGCUGCUGCAGCUGUGUGAGCUGCUGGCCACAACACCACUGCAGUAUGACUCUUGUGGAUGGGAGCAGAUCUGAGUUUGCAACUUGAGAGCUGCUUGUGACCAUACAGAGAGGGUUUAGUGUUUGAGGAAGAGAGACCGCCACCGCCGAACCGCGCCCCUCUGGCCCCGAUGCUGGAGUUCGUCUCUGCCCAGACGGGGGUUCCCGUUGUUGCCGUUGGGGGAGGAGCCAGUCUGGGAAGAGAGCCACAGGAGAGCGGUUCCAUCUACCUCCAGUUCACCUGCUCCACAUCGCUUCAGCUUGAGGUCAUCUUCGAGGUGCUUGAAGAGUAUGACUGGACCUCCUUCUCCAUUGUGACCACCCGUCACCAUGGCUACGAGGACUUCCUGGCCAUGGUGGAGGGUAUGACCGAUGGCUCUUUCAUUGGUUGGGAAAGGAAGAGUGUGGUGAUUCUUAAUGUAACGGACGACCCCGGUGGGGCACGGACGAAACGACUGCUCAAGGACAAUGAAGCCCAGGUCCGCCUUCUGUACUGCUCCCUGGAAGAGGCAGAGCUCAUUUUCCGGGCAGCUUGGGCAGCGGGUCAGGCCGGGCCCAGCCAUAUGUGGUUUGCAGUGGGACCAGCCCUAUCUGGGUUGGGUCUGGAGGGGCUUCCAAAGGCUUUGUUUGCUAUCCGGCCGCAGGGAUGGAGGGAUGAGCCACGCAGGCGUAUUGCCAAAGGUGUUUCUGUCCUCACCCAUGGGGCAAUGGCUCUGCGGAAGGACCAGGGAGCCACCAGCCGAGCGCAGUACGCUGGCAACUGUCAGAGCGACGGCAACCAGACCCAUCGAGUGCCAGACAGAAUCAAGUACUUCACCAAUAUAUCCAUAGGUGGACGGGACUAUUCUUUCAACAGUGACGGCUACUUAUCCAAACCGCUGCUUGAUGUUAUCUCCUAUUCCAAUGGGAGAGGCUGGGAGGAGGUUGGCUGGUGGGAGAACGGACACCUGCGACUACGGUAUCACCCCUGGUCUCGCUAUGGCUCUUUCUUGAAGCCCCUGGAUGACUCCCAACAUCUUCGAGUGGUCACAUUGGAGGAGAGGCCCUUUGUCAUAGUGGAACCUGCUGACCCAGGCACUGGCUCCUGCAUCCGGGACUCUGUACCCUGCCGCAUGCCCGUUAACUCCAGUCUGGUGGUGGAUGGUGUUAGACCCAUGAAGCACUGCUGUAAAGGGUUCUGCAUCGAUGUCCUAAAGCGCCUCGCAAAGAUUGUAGGCUUCACCUAUGACCUUUACCUGGUGACAAAUGGGAGGCAUGGGAAAAACAUUGAUGGGGAGUGGAACGGCAUGGUAGGAGAGGUGGUGUCCAACAGGGCAGACAUGGCCAUCGGCUCACUCACCAUUAAUGAAGAGAGAUCAGAGGUUGUUGAGUUUUCGGUUCCAUUUGUGGAGACUGGCAUCAGUGUCAUGGUUUCGCGCAGUAACGGCACAGUAUCACCUUCUGCUUUCCUUGAGCCCUACAGCCCAGCGGUGUGGGUGAUGAUGUUUGUGAUGUGCCUGUCGGUCGUGGCUGUCACAGUCUUCAUCUUUGAGUUCUUCAGCCCCGUGGGAUACAACCGCAGCCUGCAGAGUGCUAAGAAGUCAGGGGGAUCUAAGUUCACCAUAGGGAAAUCUGUCUGGCUGCUCUGGGCUCUGGUCUUCAAUAACUCUGUGCCUGUGGAGAAUCCCAGAGGAACCACCAGCAAGAUCAUGGUGCUGGUGUGGGCCUUUUUCGCUGUCAUCUUCCUGGCCUCCUACACUGCCAACCUGGCUGCCUUCAUGAUCCAGGAGGAGUAUAUCGACACGGUGUCAGGGCUGUCAGAUAAGAAGUUUCAGCAGCCGACAGAGCAGUACCCACCACUGCGUUUCGGCACGGUGCCAAAUGGCAGCACUGAGGAGAACAUCCGCUCCAACUAUCCCAACAUGCACCAGUAUAUGAUUCGCAACAACCAGAAGGGUGUAGAGGAAGCCAUUGACAACCUCAAGACUGGAAAACUAGAUGCCUUCAUUUAUGAUGCUGCAGUGUUGAACUACAUGGCCAGGAAGGACGAGGGCUGCAAGGUUAUGACCAUCGGCUCUGGUAAGGUGUUUGCCACUACGGGUUACGGUAUUGCACUGCACAAGAAUUCCCGCUGGAAACGCCCACUGGACCUGGCUCUGCUGCAGUUAGUUGGAGAUGAUGAGAUUGAUAUGUUGGAGCGUCUCUGGUUGUCGGGCAUCUGCCACAAUGAUAAGAUUGAGGUGAUGAGCAGUAAACUGGACAUUGACAACAUGGCGGGGGUCUUUUAUAUGCUGCUGGUGGCAAUGGGCCUCAGCCUCUUGGUGUUUGCCUGGGAGCAUCUGGUGUAUUGGAAAUUACGGCACUGUGUUAAACAUUCGGGUGGGAUGGACUUCCUCCUGGCUCUCAGCAGGGGGAUGUACAGUUGCUGCCAGUUUGAGGAUGAGACAACACCGGGAGGGAGCAAAAGCUCUUUGCCCCAGUAUCACACCGUGACCAACAUGCCUAGUGCACCCCAACAACACCUUGUUACAGCCACAGUAAACAACACAACUGCCAUUGCCAUGGUGCAGCAGCAACAGCCGCAGAAGCACCACCAACAGCAACCGGGGCAGACCUAUACCACUAUGUUACCUGGGUCUCCGCCAACUGCCGGACACUCAGCAAUGGCUCUUGGUCCCUCAACUAGCCCCUUACUAGAGGGCCCCAUGCCUUGCUCCACUUUCUUGCCUCGACAUGACCGCAGACUGGCUGUGGUUGAUCGCUGGAACAGGCCAAAGCCAGAAAAGGUUGUGAGCACAGGCAGUUCUGGAGGAGUUGGUGUUGGAGGGAUAGCUGGUGGGAUCACUGAACUACAGGCCCAGCAGCAGUAUCAACAGAACCUUGGGCAGCACUGGAGCCUGCAAGGAGGAGUUGCAGGUGGAGCAGGGGGAGUAGGUGAUACAGGACUAGAUGAAUAUAAGCGCUACUAUGGUCCUAUUGAUCCAGAGGGGCUAGGAUCUAACUCAGACCAACAGGCAGGGGGCCCCCAGCAGACUCCCAAAGCCAAUUCUCGAGGCCCCAAGGCCUCAGGUAUGCCAAGGCUACCUCCUAAAGGCUCCCAACAAGGCCCGGGGCACCUAAUCUCCAAGCCUCCUCCACCAAUCCCAUCUUCUCCACGAAGGCCUCCCUUCUGGCGACGAGGCAGCUUAGCUCAGACAAGGAGAAAAGGCUCAGGAGGUCCCCUGUAUGAGAACAUCCUCCCUCUGGGGAGGCGAGGAGGUGGGCGAUACGGAGCAAGUGAUGGAGGUGGAAGAAGAGGACGUCGUCCCCCUCCACCUCCUCCUCUUCCUGCCCCUCUUUCUUCUCCAACACACACCCCUACCACUCCCUCGUCCCCAUGCCGUUUCUACUCGUCUUGUUCCAGUGCCUCGUCUUCUUCCUCUUCUUCCACAUCAUCCUCAUCCUCUUCUUCAUCCUCAGUGUCACUUUCCCGUUCAAACUCACCUUCUUCUUGCUCAAGUGACAGCUCCUACAACUCCUCGCUUAGUUUUCGGUAUCGAGCAGGUGAUCGGGAUUUUAUCGUAGAUGACGAAUAUGACUCGGAUCUCCUUACAGAGGAGUCCAGCCUCCUUCUUGGGAGGAGGAAAAUUCGAUCACGCCGAAUGUCAUCGCGCUCACUGCCGUGCAGCCCGCCACCUCCACCAGUACCACCACGCAAACCACGGCCCCAAAGAGAUUAUGGCAGAGAGAGGACCGGCAGCCAACUGGCCCAGUUACAGGAGUGGUGGGCAUCAUGGGGUGACAGAGACCGAGGGAGGAGUGGAGCAACAAGUCGAGGAGAAGGAGGAGUGGUUAGAGAGGAGAAGAGACACCACAAAGAGAGGGAGCGUGAAAAAAAGAGAAGGAAGAAAGGUCGAAAGAAGAAGAAGAGGGAGGAGAGAGAGAGAGAAAGGGAGCGAAAGCGGCGCAAAGCAAAGAAAAAGAGGAAGAAAGAUGAUAAGAUGAGGAAGAGAGAUCGGAAAAGGUCAGAGCAGGAAGGAGGGGAUCCUGAAAAAAGAGAGGAACUCAAAUCAGGAACACCAGACUUCCCAUCUUACCCAGCACUGAGGCGAGAGUCCUUUCGGAAAAAAAGUGAGAGCUCAGUGAGAAGUUACGGAUGGAACAUCCCAGGUGAAGAUGAGCGAAAAGAAAGAGAAGAGAAAACCAGGGAUGAUGGGGAAGACAGCAGAGGAAAGGAAAGACACCACCGGCGAAGAAACAGCAAGCACUAUCACAGCUCGAGCAGCAAGCCUUCUACAUCAGUCAAGUUCUGGGGAGGGGGCAACCCAUCCUCUGAUGCCAUUCCAUCUGCCUUCCUGCCCUUGUUGCCUGUCUCUUCUAAAAGGAGGAAGAGUAAAAGUUCAGACAGGGAUGCUCUAGGAGUAGAAGGAGAGAGGAGGCCGUUGUUGGGACGGAAUGAAAGAGCGGAGGUGCACUCCAAGGAGGGGCUGUCCUUCCAUGAGUGGGAAUCUGAAGUGGAUGAUGAAGAAGAAGAUUCGGAGCGCGACAGGAGGAAAGCAGAGCAUGUGAAGAGGCGUGGAGGAGGAAGGACAAUUUCUGAUGAUGAGCGUGAACGUGAUAAGGUAGUUGGGAUAUAUUCUGAUGAUGACGGUUCUUCUGGGGAGUUUGGGAAAUUCGAGAGGUACUGGGAAGAUCACGAAGGUAGAGCAGUGGGAGGGAUUGGAGGGGGAGGUUGGUUUUUCAGUACCUAUCCUUCCCGGGAAAAAGCUGGCAGCAUCAACAGCAGAGAUGACCUGUUCCUGGAGCGAGGAGAGAGGUGGGGAACAGCGGAGAGUGGCUGGGGAUCAGGUGGAGGUGGAGGUGGGGGAGGAGAGCGAGCAGAGCGAGGGUGGGGAUCAGGUUCGCACUGGCCCCCACCUCCUCUCACGCCACCUCCUCCUCGACGAUACUGGUCAGUGGAUAAGCUCCACAUACAGGAUGAGAAGAGGAGUAAGCGCAAGUCAAAGGAUAAGGGAAGAGGGCACGCUGCUUGUUCCUCCUGUCACUCCCCGAGACACCACCCACACUCCCAUUCCUCCAAAUGGGCUCGCGUAACUUCACGAAGCCAGGAAGAGCUUUACCACCACUGCCAGAGUUUUAGUGGCCCCAUGAAGCCGAAACAUGACUCUUCAUCUUCGUCCAAACCCGAUCGGUCACAGAAUCCAUCAAAAUCUGGCAGCCAGUCAAACCUCAGUAUCCAGCAGCGCACACAGAGAACAGAUAGGGAUCGAGAUCGAGGAAGACAGGCUUCCCCUCCUCCAGCACUUAUCCCUAACUUGCCGCCUCCGCUCCCUGCCCUUCCAGCUCCACCAUCCUCAUCUCAUUCUAUACAUGUUCCUCCACCUACUCCUUCCUCUUCUGUAUCUUCUCCUUCUGUGGUCUCAUCAACACCAGGGGCACCCCAAGCCUCGUCCAUGGCUUCGGCAAGUGCCAAACUGCAGUACCAGAGAUUGCGCUCUGUACCACAGCCCCAGAGAUUUCCUCAGUCCCCUCAUUUACCCCUCAAAACCAAGAGCCUUUGCUCCCGAAGGGGCUCUGCCCAUUUCUCCAGCGUGGAGAGUGAGGUCUGAAGUUCAACAAGGUAUCAAAAGUCAUAAGAGAGAGCCCUUCGAGGCUAAAGCGGUUGAACUGGAUUUGAAUCUGCCCAGCAGCAAACAUGCUGCCAAGCCAAGUCAGUACAGCGUACGCACUGAGCCCUUUCCUAAAGUUCUGCACAAAUAAACAAACCAGAAAGCCAAACAAACCCAAUGGGGUAGGUCUAAGGAAAACAUGAGCAAUCUCUUGUUACUUCCUUUUAUUCCUCUCAGUAUGUGAAAGACUACAACCACAGCAACAACUUGCAUUCUAAAGUAAGUUAACCAAGACACCGAAAGCAAAUCAAACAUCAAAAGUGUUACAAACGAAAGAGAAUCCUUUGCUCUAGAAAGUAAAGGGCUUUGGAUGUUGAAGCAGAGCAGUAGUUUGUAUUCACAGGAUUCUUAAUGCUUACUGAGGGCUCAGGAACUUUGUAGUACUGUAUACCUGCUGCUCUCGGAAGCCUUUAAAACAGAACACUUUCUUGCUUUUUGUUUUUGUGUUUUCUUUUUUUUUUUCUUACACAAAUCGCUUACCCCCUAUUUCCCUAUUUUUCUUUGUCCUUAACAAACUGUUUACACCCCCGCAGAACUGUGACGCCCGUUUGAGGCACCUUUGUUGUGUAUGAUCAAUACCUUCUUGCUUAGAAGAAGAGGAGGGUGGUAACCACCUUGUCUUCUCCGGUGUCCGCUGUUUUUCUUUAGUUUACACCACCGCCCCCUUCCCCCAACGUAUUCUACCCCCUUUAUUUUUAUUUAUUUUUUUGUUCUGUUCUUUCAAUUUGUUUUUCUAUUCCUUUCCCACCUUAUUCACAUGUCUACCUUGUCAUCUCUCCUGUCAUCUCCUCUCCUGUCCUCCCCUCUUGGCUCUUCUCCUUGAUGUGAUUAUUCUGUGUGUCUGUGCUUUUCUGUGUUUGUAUUUUUGACAACAGGGUAAGUCAACUGUGACUGAUAUUCUACUGGCUUAAUGAAAAGCUGAGUGCCAAACUUAAGUAGAGCUCAACAUCAAUCUGUACAACGUUAGCAGCUGUGUUUCCUUUUAUCUUGCAGAGUAUUCCAUCAUCUCCAAAAUAUGCACACAUGCUAACACACACACACACACACACACACACACACACACACACACACA